AUGGAAGACAGCGAAGCGGAGGCGGCCGAGACGGAGCCUCUGGUGCGUCACGGACAUCCAGCGGCGGGAGUUGGCGGGGGCGCGGUCGUGGGGGGCGCUGGUGACGGCGCUGGGGCGAGGAGGAGCGGCGGCGGCGGCGGCGGCGGCGGAGGCGGCGGGGGCCUGCGCUCGCCUGCGCGCCACUACACGGACUCGAAGCCGCGGCUGUCGCUCGUGCCCGAGACGAGCGAGCGGAGCAGCGAGGAGGAGCCCAACGAAGACAAUAACAACACCAAGUUCGACGAAUCGCCCACACCCUUCUGCCCCUUCUUCGGCGUCAAGAACUACCUCCACCACUUCUACGAGAAGCCGGACGUCGUCAACGCGAGCUUGUACGAGGACCUGGCGCCGGGUGAGCAGGUGUUCCUGGUGAAGCAAACUGAGGGUGGCUGCUCCUCCUCGGUGUUUCGGCUCUCCCUCAUACUCGGAGGCCUCCUGCUCCUCCUCGGGGUCGUCGCCUUCAUCAUCGCCGCCUGCGCCGCCCGCAGGACCAUCUACGUCAGUCAGAACGGGGAGGUGUCCAUCGUCGACCACAUGGCCUCCUCGCACAACGCGCAGAUCGACGCCCUCCUGCUGGUGGGUCUCGUUGCCGUCACGCUGGGCUCCACCGUGGUUGCCGCGGCACUCAUCUCCCGCACCUUCUGCUCCAGGCCCGAAGAACCUCCCUACCCUUUUCGACAAGGCCAGUAUGUGCUGGAGCCGCCCCUCACCCCGACGGACAAAAAGGUACCUGUGACGGAGCGCCUGACGCAGGUGCAGCCGACCUGGGUCAUCCCGGGCUACUCCAGCGUCCGAGGCAUCAUGCCACUUCCUUGA